CUUGUCUCGUCGUUCGAUUACAACGCAAAGUCGCUCCGUUCACUCGCUCGUUUCUCUCAUUGCAACUUUUGCAGGCACUCACUCCACAGACAUGAUCACCAGCUGAAGCCAAGACCUGCAAUUUGGCUCUUUUUUGGAGCCAAAACAGCAUCGAGACCCGUGGAGUUAAGUUGCUGACAUCCAUUUUUCAUCACGCACCCGGGGCCGAUUAUCAAAUUGAAAUUCUGGAUGUGAUUUUUCAUUCUUUUAUCCUUUUUCUCUCCCUGAUGAACUGGGUUAGUAAUGCAGGAGACAGCAGCGAUUCUGUCCGCGGCUCAAGAUGGCAGAUUUUUAUUGAGUUGUGAACAGUGCUGUCGCUUCAUUUUUUGCCAUGAAUAACAGAAAUCCUUGCACCGAUGGCCCCUGUAUACGAAGGUAUGGCCUCGCAAGUGCAAGUCUUCUCCCCUCACACUCUCCAGUCAAGUGCCUUCUUUAGCGUGAAGAAACUGAAGGUGGAGCAGAGUUGCAACUGGGAUAUGACAGGGUACGGCACGCACAGCAAGGUCUACAGUCAGAACAGCAAGCAGAGUGUCUCAGUCGCCCCAGUGGGCAUCAACGCCGCCAGUCUCCAGGUCUCCAACUCUUCCCUGUCCUACGAACAGGCCCUCCUCUUCCCGGCCGGCUCGGGGCACAUCGUGGUGGCCUCGGCCAGCAGCACAUCUGGGGCGGCUGGUCAACUGUUGGGCAGCACCGGUAGUAGCGGAAGCGGCAGCGGAGGCCACAAUCUGACGCGCCGCAGCACCGUCAGUCUGCUGGACACGUACCAGCGAUGCGGGCUUAAGCGGAAAAGCGAGGAGCUGGACAACAACAACGGCAGCGGGAGUAGCGUGCACGUGGUUGAGGAGCAGCAGCCGCCUGCACCCAUGAUCCAGAACAACACGCAGAGCGGGGCCACCGUCGCGACAGCGACCGCCUCCACCACAGCGACGUCCAAGAACAGCGGCGCCAACAGUGAGGGCGACUACCAGCUCUUGCAGCACGAGGUGCUCUGCUCCAUGACCAACACCUACGAGGUGCUGGAGUUCCUUGGUCGAGGGACGUUCGGGCAGGUGGUGAAGUGCUGGAAACGUGGCACCAGUGAGAUCGUGGCCAUCAAGAUCCUCAAGAACCACCCUUCGUAUGCGCGGCAGGGCCAGAUCGAAGUGAGCAUACUGGCUCGGCUGAGCACGGAGAGCGCGGAUGACUACAACUUCGUUCGAGCGUACGAGUGCUUCCAGCACAAGAACCACACGUGCCUGGUCUUCGAGAUGUUGGAGCAGAACCUGUACGACUUCCUUAAGCAGAACAAGUUCAGUCCGUUGCCACUCAAGUACAUCCGACCGAUCCUGCAGCAGGUGGCCACUGCCCUCAUGAAGCUCAAGAGCCUCGGACUGAUCCACGCCGACUUGAAACCUGAGAACAUCAUGCUCGUAGACCCAGCCCGCCAACCCUACAGGGUCAAGGUCAUCGACUUUGGCUCUGCUAGUCACGUCUCCAAAGCGGUGUGCUCUACCUACCUGCAGUCUAGAUACUAUAGAGCUCCAGAGAUCAUCCUGGGUCUGCCCUUUUGUGAGGCCAUAGACAUGUGGUCCCUGGGUUGUGUCAUCGCUGAGCUGUUUCUGGGCUGGCCGCUGUACCCCGGAGCAUCUGAGUAUGACCAGAUCCGGUACAUCUCUCAAACGCAGGGCUUGCCAGCAGAGUAUCUGUUAAGUGCAGGGACGAAAACAACCAGGUUUUUCAACAGAGACCCCGACUCCACCUAUCCUCUAUGGAGACUCAAGACACCUGAGGACCAUGAGGCAGAGACGGGGAUCAAAUCUAAAGAGGCUCGCAAGUACAUCUUCAACUGCCUGGAUGAUAUGGCACAGGUGAAUAUGACCACAGACUUGGAGGGCAGUGACAUGCUGGCAGAGAAGGCAGACAGGAGGGAGUUUAUUGACCUGCUGACCAAGAUGCUGACCAUCGACGCAGACAAGAGAAUAACGCCCAUAGAGACACUCAACCACCCCUUUGUCACAAUGACACACUUGCUGGACUUCCCACACAGCACACACGUCAAAUCCUGCUUCCAGAACAUGGAGAUUUGCAAGCGUCGGGUGAACAUGUACGACACAGUCAAUCAGAGCAAGACGCCUUUUAUAACACAUGUAGCCCCCAGCACCUCCACCAAUCUCACCAUGACCUUCAACAACCAGCUUAACACUGUGCAUAGCCAGGCCACCAACCUGGCUCCCUCUUCCACCAGUGCCACCCUUUCCCUUACCAAUCCUGAUGUCUCCAUACUAAAUUACCAAUCUGCACUCUACCAGCCUUCUGCGGCCCCCAUGGCUGCCGUGGCCCCCAGGACCAUGCCCCUCCAGCCCGGUGCACCACAACUCUGUGCCGCCCGACCCGAUCCCUUCCAGCAGGCCCUCAUCGUCUGCCCACCUGGCUUCCAAGGUUUGCAAGCAUCACCCUCUAAACACACUGGCUACUCGGUGCGGAUGGAGAAUGCAGUUCCCAUAGUAACACAGGCCCCUGGUGCCCAACCUCUACAGAUCCAGCCAGGCCUUCUGACACAGCAGGCCUGGCCGUCUGGUACUCAACAGAUUCUCCUUCCGCCAGCAUGGCAGCAGCUCACACACACUUCAGUGCAACAUGCCACCGUCAUCCCCGACUCCAUGACCAGCUCGCAGCCUCUGGCCAACUGGAGGAAUUCACAUCCCCAUGGCAGCCAUUACAAUCCCAUUAUGCAACAGCCAGCCUUACUGGCAGGUCACGUCACCCUGCCCUCUCAGCAACCUCUCAACGUGGGUGUGGCUCAUGUCAUGAGACAGCCAUCAAACAACAGCUCCUCCUCCAAAAAGAACAAGCAGCACCAGAUGAACAACAGGAACGUGUCAGCAUACGACGUGCCCUCCACCCAGCCUGUGACGUCACCACAACGCUCCAAACGAGUGAAGGAGAACACCCCUCCUCGGUGCGCCGUGGUUCAGAACGGCCCGUCUUCAACCUGUGCCCCAUCACAGACCUGCGGAGGUGGUGGAGGAGGGGGAUGGGGAGGCGAGCAGGCAUGUAGCACCACUCGAGACCACCACGGUCAACACAACCCGCCGCGUCAAACCAUCGUCAUCCCCGACACUCCCAGCCCGGCUGUCAGCAUCAUCACCAUCAGCAGCGACACGGACGAGGAGGACGACCUCAAACAGCCCACUAACACCAGCACGUCAUCUAAACAGAGGAAGAAUGUCAUCAGCUGUGUGACGGUCCAUGAUUCCCCUGACUCUGACUCCAGCAAUACCAGCCCUUACGCUGUGGAGUCUCGGCCUAACGGCCCCAACGCCAACAGCUAUGACUCCAAAGGUGCUGUCCUGGACAACUACAGCAACGGGAACCCCCGCACCAUCAUCAUCCCCCCACUGAAGAGCCAGACCAGCGAGAAUCUGGGAGAGUGUGAUAGACUCUUGCCUGACACGGUGAACCAUCAGAACUCUACAUACAAGUUCAAAAUCUCCAAUGGGGGCUUGUCUGGCAACAACCACUCGUCGGGAGGCUUGGCUGGAGGCGGAUCAUACCGGCAGCAGCGCACGGGGCCACACCCCUUUCAGCAGCAGCCUCUAAAUCUCAGCCAGGCCCAGCAGCACAUGGCAGUUGAGCGCAACGGAGGUCACCGGCGACAGCAGGCCUACAUCACCCCCACUAUGGCCACCCAGGCUCAGUACUCCUUCCACAACAGCCCCACCCACACAGCUAACGUUCAUCCCCACUUGGCCCCUCCUCAUCUGCCCGGGCAACCACACCUCUACACCUACACUGCCCCCACGGCCCUGGGCUCCACCGGCACGGUGGCCCACCUGGUCGCUUCGCAGGGUUCGGCCCGUCACGCAGUCCAGCACGCCAGCUACCCGCCGGGCAUCGUCCACCAGGUGCCUGUCAGCAUGGGCCACCGCGUGCUGCCCUCGCCCACCCUGCACCACAGCCAGUACCAGGCCCAAUUUGCGCACCAGACCUACAUCAGUGCUUCUCCUGCCUCCACUGUCUACACUGGAUACCCGCUGAGCCCCACCAAGAUGAACCAGUACCCUUACCUCUAAAACUGAAACACUGGAGCCCAGCCAAUCGCUGCUUACCAUUUCUACCCCAUCCCACCUAGAGACAGAGAGACAUGCUGAAGCCUAUCGACCCUUAACCCCAUCCCCUUGUUCCUUUCAUGCUUAAACUUGAAGACAAUGAAGAUGCCGAUGGAUAGAGGAAGUGUACUCUCAGAGGGAACGGAAGGGUACUGAGGAGCUUUCUUUUUUUAGAUGAGUUUUAUUUUGCCUUCUCAAAAGGGCCAGUUAACAAUUUAUUUUGUGAUCUGGAGGUUUUGUUUCUUUUAAAGCAGAAGUCGAAGAAGGAGUUCUUGCUUUUGUUAGUUUCUAAGUCUCAUCAACAGGCCGUUUGGGAGAGACAGAGUUUCGUUCGACUGAGAUUUUGUUUGCUUUUCCCUUUCUUGAAAUCAUUCACGACUGUUGAGCCGAGGUCACGACGUGGAUGUUUUGAAUUCCUACGAGAAUUUUUUUUUUUGUUAGUUUUUUUUGGAUAAGGUGAAAUACGGAUAUCUGCUGCUCUUCAAAGAAAAAAAAAAACAUAACGAUGGCCUUGAACUGUCUUAAACUUUUCCAAAUUACUUGCGGCGAGCGGUAUCUUGCAUACUCCGCCACGCUCUCCGACAAAAACACCUGGAGGAAUCUUCUGGAAAUAGGACGACAAAACUUUCUAGUGUAUUUAUAGACUUUUCUUUGUUUGUGUUCACAUUUAGAAAAAGAAAAUACGUUUGUCAUACCGUAGAACAUUAGCUGGGCCCCUCUUUGUAGAAUGUAGCAGUCUGCACCCGUUGAUUUAAUGAAGAACCUUUCUUAUACCAAUAGAUUCUUGUUUUUCCUCUUUCAAUGUGAUUGCACAAAGUGGUUACAAUAACAUAGGCAUGUUCAACAUGGUAGUCGGUCGUGCGUUUGCGUGCAUGUGUGCGCUCAGCACAUCUGUGCGACGUAUUCCUCCACAGUCUUAGGUUUAUCAUUGUUACCUCGUAGUGCCUUACAUAUAUUACGACAGUUUACUUGGCUGGAAACCCUCUAGAACCAGAUGCUAGUCAGAGAGUUGGCUCCUAGGUUGAACAUCUUCAUCCGAGCUCUUUCGUGUUUUUUUUCGUUUUUGUUUUUAAGUUCCAGGUGUAAGCAUUAGCCCUAAACGUUAUUUAAACGCUUCUCGUUUAGCGUGCAUGAGAUCUUUUACAUUUAAGGAUACUUGCCUGGGGUAAUGAACCAAAGUUGUCAUUUAAAGAUAAGUAACUUUUGUUCUGGAUAGUGGAUAUAAUUAUAUAUAGCGUAUUUACUGUACAUACCGUAGCUAUGCGUUUUAGUCACCUUGCAAUCAAUGCGACGUCACUGAUUUUAGGCUGUAUAUGUCAUAAAAGGGAGACUAAAUGAAUAUUUCAUGGGAAAAGCCAAGUAUCGUUCAAUCAGUUGGAGAUUGGGCUGCACAGUUUGUUUAAAAUUAAAUAAAAUAUACCAGGUCUGAAGAGGUUGUCUGUUUAUGGAAGGCUGGACUUUGUUUAGAAACCUGGGAGGGUUCGAGAAGGAGAGUCUUGUUAGGAGAAGGAGAGACUGAGGUGCUUGUGGAUUUUGAUGGGAAUUGUUGGGAAAGCGAGAGGGAGAGGGCAAAUUCCACAUUUUAAUGAGAAUAGCAUGUUGGCUUUGAGCACGUUGGUAGAUGCCGAAGGAAGCCGUGCAGCACGACUGCACACCACGCUCUGAAUUAAGCGCUCGUUCGAGGUUCUACGAAUUUCUGUGGGGUUUUUAUUCUCACGUACACUCUGGGGUUUCGAACAGCCCCAUGUUGCAAGAGGAUGUCUGCAACAACAUGCACCGGAAAUCAAAAUUGGCUUUGUCUUUUUCACUGUUUGUCUUACCAUAGGAAUCACUUAUGCUACAGGCGUCCUGUCAGUAAAGAGAUAAUGAAAGUGUAGAAAACUGUGCGCCAAUGCUUGUCUUUUUGCUGCUUAAUUUAACGUUAAUAUGCUAGCCAAUCAUUCGUACUGUGUCCUAACCAUGCGCUCUGUAAUAAAUCAAGUAAAAGGACAAGGAAAGUUUAUAUAGUACUUUUCAGUAGUUUAUAUAGUACUUUUUAAAAAAAUUUCAGCAAAGAUGCAUUAAAUUGACCAGAAGUGACAUUAAAAACAUAUAAUAAUAAUAUAAUAUAAGAAUAAAAUUUCAAAUAAAUGCUGUUGUUUUGAAAUUUCUGUUCUUCAAAUAUUUUAGUCCCGAAAAAAAGAAAAAUCAUGGUUUCCACAAAAACUGUUUUCGACAUUGUUAAUAAUAGAAUAAAUAUUUCUUGAGCAGCAAAUCAGAAUGAUUUCUGAAGAAUCAUGUGACACUGAAGACUGGAGUAAUGAAGCUGAAAAUUCAGCUUCGCAUCACAGGAAUAAAUUACAUUGUAAAAUAUAUUA